CGCAGCGAGACGUCACGAAUGGAGAUCGCGGUCGACACGAGCGUGCUCGAGCGCAGUCGUGUCAAGCGGAAGAAAUUCGCCGACCGCCAAGCCGCGGUCCUUGCCGGCGUUGGCGCGACGGCCAUGGAACUCCGGCGCCGGCUCUUCAACCGCCGCCACUUGAAGUAUGGUGGCAAGCCCGGCGACUUGCCGCUCGUGCAAGAAGCCAAGUCGGACAACCUUAGCAUCCGCCUCGCCAUCAUCGACCAAGAGGCCCGAAGCCGGGCCCUCGACAGCGAGUUUCAAUCGCACACCAAGCUCGAGCAGUCCUUCCGACGACUCCAUGACACGCUACAUUCAAGUGCCACGGACGUGCGGGGCAAGCAAGCCAAGUUGAAAGAGCUCGAGCAGCGCCUGCGCCUCCUCCAGACAACAACCCACGACCCGCUCACACCGAUUCGAGCUGUCGAGGCGGCGAAAAAAGUCGCGUUCGAGCUCGACGAACACAAGGCCGCGUACCUCCCCACGUUCACGUGCCGCGUGUGCGCGCGGGUGUGCGCGUCGGACGCUCUCUUGCGUCUCCACGAGCCAUACUGCAAAGGCCUCGUGUUUCGUGAAGACGUGUUUGACGUGGCGGCCUACCGGCGGUGCCAUCUCUGCUACCGGUAUGUCCUCCCUGUCGCUGUCGACGACCAUUUGCAAGCGUGUACGGCUGCCAUGGACCGGAAACAGCGCUUGCUACAACGCCCCGAGUACGAUGUCGCGGGGUGUGUGCCAGAGCCGCCGACGCAGCUGCGCAUUCUAGCGGUGACGAGCCACUCGAUCGAGUUGGCGUGGGACGCACCGGUCUUCACGGGCGGCCUCGUCAUUUUUGAGUACGAGCUUUGCCUAUCGAAAGUGGUACAGGACAAGUUCCAACGGCUCCAACACCGUCAGCACGAGCACACGUUGGUCGCACUGCCACCGGUGCGAACGUCGCGCUGGGUCGACCGCGUGCCGUUGGCGGCCACCCGCUUUGUCGUGGAAGGCCUCUCGGCCAAGACGUCGUACAGCGACAUUGCGAUCCGCGCCAAGACCGAAAACGGCUUUGGCGGCUACUCAGUGCCCAUUGACGGUGUCGAGACGUUGGAGCCAACGCCGCCGAGCGUCCCGCUCUUCUUCACGCUCGGGCUCGUCACCAUGACGUCGAUUACGCUGAGCUGGAUGAGUCCCAUGGACUUGGGCGGCGGCGUUGUGGACGAGUUUGUCAUUUUGUACACGACGCUCGUGCAAGUCCACGUGGACGGCGCCGACGCCUUGGACAUGUCGCAGAGCGAAGAGCGCGAGUUCAAGCUCAAGUACACGCUUCCACUACUCGCCGAGCCGAGCCCAAGCGAGGCAUAUGCUACCAACAAUGCGCUGUACAGCUUUACGAUCGAGGCGCUGCAGCCCGGAAAACUCUACACCAAUAUUCGCGUGUACGCCGUGACGCGGGACGGUCUCUGCAGCCCCGAGACGGUGGCCCUUGAACCUGUCCGCACGCUCGUGGCGGGCAAGGAGUUCAAGCUCAUCGCCGAGCUCCAAGAAGCCAUCAAUAGCCGCGCGACGUACAUCGAUUCGGCCUUUUACAACGGUUUUCCGCAGCGCUACGAGCGCCUCUACUACUUGCGCCUGCUGGCCAAGACGAUCAAGGCGCACCAUCCCACGCUCGCCGACCGCGUCGAUGCCAUGCUGCCACUCGUAGACGACUCGGACUCGGACUCGGACUCAAACACGGACGAGGAGGAGCCGCCGGCGACGCCUGCGAUGCUAGUUGUCGAGGAAGAGCGGCCCAAGACAGCUGCCGAGAUGGUUGCCGAUGCCACGGCCAAGCGCUUGGAGACACAGAAAACCCGACGCAAGCAAUUUCAGUACCGACUGCACCAGCUGCGGCACCAUUUGGACGUGCUCGCACACAACAUUGACUGGGCUGACGACCGCACGACGAUCUUGCUCUCACUCAUUGCUGCCGCCGAACAGCGCAUUCUCGACAAGCAAGCCGAACUUGAGCGCGCCAAAGCGUUUCGGGGACCGUCGAUGGACUCGAUCGUCAUGCAUGGUGGACUGCAACAUUUCAAAACCAAGGAGCUUGUUCAGGCCCUCGAAGAAGAGCUCGACGUUGAGCACUUUUACAUCAGCGACACAAAAGAGGAGCUCCGGCAAAUCGAAGACCAGAAAAACGCCGACGUACGCAGCUUGGCGGCCAAGGAAGCACAACUUGUGGCGCGGCAAGCCGCACUCGAGACGUUUGAGACGGACUGCGAACUCGACGCGUUUGUGGCCGAGCGCGGGGCCAAAGUCCUCUUACGCUUGCAGUCGCAGUCGCUUGCCUACGUCUAUGACAACUGGACGCGCUUCGUCACGCAGCGCAAAGCGGCCCGCGCCGUGGUUGCCAAGGUCGUGACGCGCCUCGAACAGAGCCUUCUUCGUCCCGCGUGGCGAUCCUGGGUCGUCUUUUGGGAUUUUGAAAAAAAUAAGGAGGUCGCCCCCGAUGGUGUCGUCAGUCUCGGUGGUCUCGGCUUGAAGGCGGUCCAUGUCAACCGAAUGCUCAUGCAGCAAGACUGCUUUGCAGCGCUGCAUGCGUGCCGCGACGUGGCCUCCGCCCUCAUGGACGCUGGCCGCACCAACGACGAGCGCGCGGCCAAAGACCGCAAUGUUUUCGAGAAGGAGCGCAAAAAGCUCGCCCUAGCUGCCAGCAUACCCCAGUCGUUAUCGACCCUGUGGACCCAAGGAGGGACGCAACUGGACAUUGGCGACUACGGAGGCGCUCUCUUCACCUACGAAAAGCUCGUCGAUGCACUCCCCAACGACGCUGAUCGAUUCAAUCAAACACAAUUGGCCAACGCACUCAAUCACAUUGGUCGGGUGGCCUUUCUACUCAAGCGGUACGAGAAGGCGAUGAUUGCGUUCGAGCGCGCUGUCGGGAUCUGCGACCGCAUCGGAGACCCCAAAGAAACAGCCAUUUCGAUGCGGGGGCUCGCCGACUGCCACCUCGUGUCGCGCGGCUUCAAGCCCGCGCUGCAGCUCUACAUGAAGGCGUGCAGCGCAGCCGAAGACGUGAGUGACGUGCCGACGCAGAUCGCUGCGCACCACGGCGUCGCAGCCUGCUACCGGGCGUGGGACGACACGCUCUUGGCCAACGAAGCCGCGGCAAAAGCCCGGGCGCUCGAACGCCGCAUGGACGACAAGGUCGAUCACAUCGAGCACGCUCUCGACGCGCUCAAAGCCAAGCUCAUCACGGUCAGUGCCAAGGUCGCGGCGACGUUCCAGCUCGAGCGCGUCGGUGCGAUCGUGCCGAAAUUGCGUGCGGAGCGGCUCCAAUGCAAGAUCACGAUCCUCGAAGAGGAAAAAGUCCUCGGCGCGCUUACGUCGCUCGUCGAGUCGAAAGCAGCGCUUCUGGCUCAAGGUCGCGACGACCUUAAGCGCAGUGAAGUGAGCGACGCCGAGUACGUUGAUUCGUCGGUCUUUCUCGGCGUCUCGACGCGGUAUGCGAUCAAGGACUUUACCGAGAAAUUACGCGUCUUUAUGGACCGUCUCCGGGUGGCCAAAGCCGCGAUCGAAAACGAGCAAACGAAUGCGUCGACGCGCAUCACCAACGAGCACGAGCGCAUUAAAGAGUGCGAGGACGAACUCGUCAUUGAGACGGGCGAUCUCAUGCGCCGCGUGCGCGGAAAAGACGCGUUUCGGUGCUUUCGCUUCAACGCGGUCAAUGCGAUCUACAAGGACGUCCUGGGUCAUGCCAGUGGCGGGGUCUCAACGUGCGUGGCCAGUGUGGGCCCCACGCUGCUUGUCUACGACUUGCACACUGGUGUGUGUAUGGGCCAAGGGGUCGGGGACGCAAAUACCGACCCGAACGCGCCGGUGCACCUUGGUGGCAUUGAAGGCCACCUCAAGAUGAUCAUGUGUGUCUACGCACUCAACGACCAUGUGUACACGGGCAGCAUGGACUGCUCGCUCAUUGUGUGGAAGCUCCUCGACGGCAAUCAGCCGUCCUUUGUGCACCGCGUUGACGAGUUUGACGCCGCGGUGAUGUCAGUCACGGCGACGUUGCAGUGUAUCUGCGCGGGCACGGCCGACUGCACACUUUAUGUGUACGAUGCCACGUCGUUUGCUCGCAUCGCAGUCGUGCCGUCGGCCCACUACCGUACCAUCACGUACUUGGUCAUGGACGCGACCUUGCUCGCGUCCGGCGGCGCCGACAAUGAAAUCCGACUCUGGCAAUUCUCACUCCAAACCUCGGCCGAGAAGCGGUACACCAAGCUGGCGCGCCUUCGACCCGAGCGCGACGGCCACGAAUGGGUCCGCGGGCACGUCGACCCUGUGUCGUGUGUGCAGAUUGCGGACAACGAGAUUGUGAGCGGCGACCGCGGCGGCCGCAUCGUGCUCUGGGACUCGGUCAAAGGCAGCAUUCGCCGUGAGAUUCGCAAAGCACACGAAGCAGCGAUCACGUGCCUCGCGUUCGACACGCUGCGCGUCAUCAGCGGCGACGCGUCGGGAAAGAUCUCGAUCAGUGACGUCAUCAGUGGCCUCGUGCUGCAGACGCUGCUCGGACACACGGCGCGCGUUCUUGAUGUCCAAGUCGAUCGGACCAUGCUCCUGAGCUGCUCGGAAGAUGGCAGCUUGCGACAAUGGACGUUUCAGUCGCGUGAUGGCAGCGCGUCACGCGGCCACCGGUAUCAUAUUCUGGGCGCGGGUGAGACACUGCGGUCACUCUCGCUGCAGUAUCACACGAGUGUCAACGAUUUGCGGCGCUGGAACAACAUUGUGGACGUGACGAAAAUGUACCUUGGCCAGCAGCUUCUUGUGCAGACAACAAUCGUCGAAACAAAAGUCGUCGAGCCCGUCUCGGUCGUCUUUGGAAAGCUCGCGCUGGAAGAAACUAGCUUCUUGCUGAGCAACCGCCGCGGUAAAGCAUCGCUCGACGACCGAAUUCGGGAAACCACCGACCGUUUUGAGCGUGCCCUCAAGACGGGCGACGCGAGUGACCCUGUAGCCGAGGAGAGCGAGGAAGACACCAAGUCUGCAGACAACGACGACGACGACGAUGACGACGACGACGAUGACGACGACGACGACGAUAAAGACAGUGAAGACCAAGGCGACGAUGACGGCGACGCGCCGGAAGGCAACGAGCCCGACGAUGAAGCGUGACGAUCUCUUGCAUUGACUGUGAAGGGCUGUUUUUGCCAAAUAUCGGGACCGCCUUGGCGCUAGGAUCUUUAACAUUGCUACGCGGAUAAGAGACCAACUGUUGAAAUACCUGA